UUUGUAUACUUUGGUCAUGUUUCCCCCACGGCAACUAUCAGCUGUUUGGUGGCCGCGUCGUCGUAGGGAAGCAAAUCACUGAACAAUAAUUUAUCCUGAUUUUGUAUUGUUUUGAGUGUGUGAUAAUAUUAGCGAUCUCAGCUAAGGUAUUGCAAUGAGAAAGACCGACGUAAAAGUUAGCAAAACCCUAUCAUGGCUGCUUCGCCAUGGGGCCGAGAAGGAAGGCUUGACUCUUGGGCCUGGAGGCUGGGCCAAAGUUGACGAAGUUCUCAAGACAUCAUCCUUUAAGAAGAUAGACUUAGAGAAGAUAAAGGAGGUGGUGGCCAACUGCCCCAAGAAGCGCUUUGCUCUCAAAGAUGAUGAUGGGACACUGUACAUCAGGGCCAAUCAAGGCCACUCACUUCAGGUGGAAGAUUUAGACCUUGAGGAGAUUACUGCUGAUAGUGAUGUGCCGGCUGUGAUCCAUGGAACAUACCACCGCCACUGGAGCAGCAUCAAACAGCAGGGUCUCAGUCGCAUGAACCGCACCCACAUACAUUUUACACCAGGCGCUCCUGGAGAGUCUGGUGUCAUCAGUGGUAUGAGGAGUUCUUGUGAGAUCUUGAUUUAUGUGGAUCUUGCCAAGGCUCUGUCAGCUGGUAUAAAGUUCCACAAGUCUGUUAACAAUGUGAUAUUGUGCUCAGGAAACGAUUCUGGAUAUCUUCCUCCACAAUAUUUCCUCAAGGUUGUUGACAGAAAGACUGGGGAGCCAGUAGUGUAGGUGACACACACUCCCAGAAUUGAGUGCAGUUUGAAGGGCUUCAGAUUUUUUUAUGUUUAUUCUUAAGACAAUCACAUUUUGUUUUAUUUUUUGCAAAGCUUUUCCUUUGAUGAGUGGGCAAGCAAACUCUGAUCCCAUGAUUCAUAGCAUUCUUCAGUGAGGUCGUGUGCCCACCCUUAUGGCAUUGUCAGUAAUUUUGUUCAUUUAAAUAAUAUAAGGCAUUUACAUUCAAGGGACUCUGAUUGGAUUCUAUACUAAAUUAAAUUAUUUUUAUUCUUAGCUGUUUUCUGACAAAUGAGUGAGUACCUUGUACAGUGUUGUAAAUUACCAUGUUCUCUCUGAACAUUUUGUUCAUUCAUAAAUUAUAAUGUAUUAUGUUAGUAACUCCGAUGGAAGCUUUGAUUCCAGUGUGAGAAAAUUUGUCAUUAGAAUAUUGUAUUGUAUUGAUAGAAAUGAAGACAAUGCAGUUGUGUUCCAGUAACAAAACACGGCUGUAGAUUAGUUUCCUUAUACAGUGCUGUACAGAAGUUCUUAUCCCGACACCUUCAGAAAUCUAUCAUGAUAUUUAAAAGAAAAUUUAAAAGUCUUUUGUACAGAUGUGGUCUUGACACAAAGUGGUUAACUAGAGACUUUGUUAGUCAUCCAUUAUUAUGCAUCAUUGUUGAGGAUCUGCGGUAACAAAUAAUUUAGCCAACCUGUACAGCACUUGUUCAGAUGCACCCCUUGCUUACAUUACAUGUACCUUAGGUAAGCAACACCAAAAGAAUCUCAUUAAUAGAGAACAACAACCAAAUGAUGAGGCAAACCAUAUCAUCCAGGCAAUAGGUGUAAUCUGGCAUUGCUUACAAUGUUUGUUGUAAUGACUAUAGAGAGAAAAUGUAUUUAGUAGAGAAUUCAACUUAUCUCCAGUACACAAUGAAUUGAUAUGAAGCAUUGUAUUGAGUGUAAGGAUUAAAGGUUCACUUCGUAUAAUUUGAAUGCAAAUUCAGGGCAAGAGACAGCGUGUGGAGUGUUUAUGCUUUUUAUCAGUUCAACAUUACUAGCAUCUUUGACCACUACUGUUGCCACUCCUGGAGUGCCUGUUUCCCUUGAUUCAGUCUGCAUAAAAGUUGGCCCAUAGAAAAAAUUAAUACAGUAGAUGGACAAAGAUGAAUUCCUAAAUUACAGUACAGGUAUUUGUCAGCUUUUGUGUGUAGUUAUCAAACUGAUUAUUUCAUGUAAUUUUUAUGGAUUUUUAAGAAAUUCAUAAGAUAUCAAAGUGAGAGAUAAUAGUGAUUAAACUUUUAUUACUCAA